ACGUCAGGGACGGUCAGCGAUCGCCGCUUCACAAUAGAACGAGCCGGAAGUGAGCGAGAUGCUGCUGUUGGUGUGACUGGUCUUUUCUUGCUGCUCUGCCGCGUAACCUAGAGCGAGGGCAAAGUGUUGGCGACUUGGUCGCUGUGUUGUUGCCGGAAAAGAAGAGAUUAAAAACAGCCAGGAGACAGCUACAAACUCCCAGUUUGGAGAUUCUACAAACUAUAUACUUCCAUUUUUAAGAUUUCAAUACAACUUUAAAAAAAAUGCUGCCCUUCUGGUGAACCGGGGAAAAUUAAGCAAACAAAAAUGCCACUGUUCAAAUCACACAAAAGUCCAGCAGACAUUGUGAAGAAUCUCAAAGAGAAUAUGGCAAUGCUGGAGAAGCAGGAUAUUUCCGACAAAAAGGCUGAAAAGGCCUCUGAAGAAGUAUCAAAAUGCCUGCUAACCAUGAAAGAGAUUCUAUGUGGUACCAAUGAUAAGGAGCCUCAGACUGAAACAGUUGCACAGUUGGCACAGGAGCUAUACAAUAGUGGAUUGCUGAUAUCAUUAAUUGCACACUUGCAACUGAUAGACUUUGAGGGAAAGAAGGAUGUCACCCAGAUCUUCAACAACAUUUUACGAAGGCAGAUUGGUACUCGCACUCCAACAGUGGAAUACAUAUGUUCUCAUGAACAAAUCUUGUUUAUGCUUUUGAAGGGGUAUGAAACGCCAGAGAUUGCCUUGAACUGUGGAAUUAUGCUGAGAGAAUGCAUCAGACAUGAACCACUUGCCAAAAUAAUCCUUUACUCAGAGCAUUUUAGAGAUUUCUUUAAAUAUGUGGAAAUGUCAACAUUUGACAUUGCCUCAGAUGCUUUUGCUACAUUUAAGGAUUUACUCACUAGACAUAAAGUCAUGUGUGGACAGUUCUUAGAACAGAACUAUGAACUUGUAUUUAAUGACUAUGAGAAGUUGUUGCAUUCAGAAAACUACGUGACAAAAAGGCAGUCUUUAAAGCUUGUGGGAGAACUGCUUUUGGACCGACACAACUUUACAGUUAUGACAAGGUAUAUCAGCAAACCUGAAAACCUCAAACUCAUGAUGAACCUCCUAAAGGACCAAAGUAGGAAUAUUCAAUUUGAGGCUUUUCAUGUAUUCAAGGUUUUUGUGGCAAACCCCAAUAAAACGCAACCUAUUCUGGACAUCCUGUUGAAAAACCAGACCAAACUCAUAGAGUUCCUUAGUCAGUUUCAAGCAGACAGAACAGAUGAUGAUCAGUUUAAUGAUGAAAAGUCCUAUUUGAUCAAACAAAUCAGGGAUUUGAAAAGACCAGCACCUCAACAGUCGUAACACAUUUGGUGAUAGGAAGUUACAUCAGUGAAUGGAGCUUUAACUAUUUACCGCACCUGUGUACAAUUUGAUUACAUUUCUUUAUAGGGAAGGGAUUGUGUAGUAACAGUAACUCACUUCUAAUAUUUAUAUAUGAUAAAACUAAUUUUAUUCAUGCAUAUUGUCUUUGAGUGCCUGUAUAUUAGUUUGUUUUUCCUCUUACAUCUAUGGCUGUUUGUAAGUUUAGGAGUUUACAUACUCGUACGGUAGCAGUGAUUCUUUGCCUUGCUAGUUUUAAAUUUUUAAGUGACCAUGUCUGGGAUUUGUUUAGCGAGAGUUUGAUUAGUUGGCAACAGCCUUGGUGGCUUUGAUCUUGUUUGCUACUGUAUUACUAUGUAAAUUAGUUUUUAUUUUGAAUAUGUUUAUCACUAUGGAUAAGGCAAAGUCUGCAGUGCUAUCUGUUCACCAUGGUAAAUGCACAGAGCUUGCUACUUUUUAAAUGAUUCUGACUUGCUUUAAGAAUGGGCUUCCUAAAUCAUCUUGACUUGAUCCUGUUGAAAGUUCCCACACUGCAUUAGAUUAGAGGUCUAAGGUAUGUAAGCUUAAUGUUAAGAGCAGACACCCUAUGCCUAUCCAUGUAAACCUACUCCUUUAUAUUGGUACACAAUUUUUAUUGUGAACAAGUCAGCUUAAAUUGGUAAAGAAUGAUUGGUGAGUCUUUAUGUAGAAAUGUCCCAGUCAUUAUUUUAUUUGCUUGGAAGGGGUCAAGCUGUAAUUUAAUUUUAUGGUUGCACAUAUUGUUUUUCUUUCCAAAACGUGUAAUUGUACAUAUGUGGUUGCAUUCAAUGAAUACUCGUUACACUGUAUGGCUGCAUUUAGAAGUAAUUGCUCUGAUGGUCAGCUCUUCACAAUCACAAAACAGCCUAAUUUGAGUACUUUUUAAAUAAAAUAAUGAAAAGCUUAAUCAGUUUUUUUGUGUUAAAUGAUUUAUGCUUUGCCAAAAUUAUUUUACUUGGGUUCACUUUUAAAGAUAUAAUGUGAAUUCUGUAUUAUUUUGAGGGGUUAUUUGCUCGUUAAAUUGCUAACCAUAUGUUUUUGCAUUUCAAGUCAGAUGCUUUGGGGAAAUUCUUUCUGUACCGCCACUACGAAGUUGUGAAACAUUGUACCAGCCUUAUUACUGAAGUAAACAAUCUGGAGAGUA